CGCCGCAACAUUGACAUUGUCCCUCUCAAAGCCGAACGUGACACUUGAAGCUUGAAGCUUGAAGCUUGACAGCUGGAUCGCUCAUAUAGGUUCCCAUCCGUAAAAGUAGAUGAACGUUCCAACACUCCACGGUCACCGUUUGACCAGUCGUGCACCUUCGACUCAGUCUAGUCAUAACUCCAGCACUGAUACCGCAGACCUCAGGCUGCAUGUGCCUUGCCCUCACCAAGCCGUUUGCGGAUGGCAUCUGCACUUCAAUGUCUAGUCAUCGGGAUCGAUGGAAGAAAUAAAGGAGAAAAUUAAGGAGUUCGAAAAGAGAUCAGGGGAAAAUAGGGGAAUGUACCUGGAACGCGUGGACACUCGACAUAAAAGUCCCGAUUUCAACAUGAGCUUCAAUUCCGCCAACCAUCCAGCUUUACACAGACUCGACGAGUCACACGCUGGGGCUAGACAGGUCGCACUCAAACAUGGUAUCACUCCUUAUGAUGUCCUUCACUGCAGCGAGAAGUUCUGGAAUCUGCAUCUGGAUCCAGUCUGCGUCAGGGAUUUCUCAGCAUGGACACUCUUGGCGAUUCAGCUCAACUUGUGUGGUGGAGUCGUAAGCUUCUUUGCGGCGCAAUCUCAGUCACGAUAUUUGGACACCCUUGCAAAACAAAUAGUCAAUUUCGACGUAUCGGCUCAAUUUUUGAUGACAGAGGUCGAACAUGGCUUAGAUGCACGGAAUCUCGAAACCACCGCCACUCUACUUCCGAACGGUUCCUUUGAUUUGCAUACUCCUCACGGCGGCGCAGACAAGUUUAUGCCCCCAACUCUUCCUGACGUCGGUGUUCCACGACUAGGUAUAGUAAUGGCUCGACUUAUCAGUCUGGAAGGGAAAGAUCUGGGUAUACGUGCAUUCAUCGUUCCCCUCAAUGACGGCGUAUCAAUGUGUCCUGGAAUCACCGCCAAGCCUCUUCCUGACCGAUGCGGAGUAACACCCCUUGGCCACGCCUUGACCCACUUCGACCACGUCAACCUUCCAAACCACGCUCUCCUUGGCCCAUUACACUCGAAUCUUCACCCCCGUGUCCAAUUUCUCUCCGAAAUAUGGCGAGUCAGUAUCGGUUCAGCGACCCUAACAUGCGGUAUCAUCUCCACGCUGAAAACCUCCGCCUACAUCGUCGCCACAUACAGCAAACGGCGUAUGGUAGGCGUACCCCGAGUUCCAAUCUUCACGUUCCGAACACAGCAUCGCCCGAUCCUCCAUGCACUAGUUCGGUCCUUCGUUCUUGCAUCAUUCUUCAAAAGCCUUCGUACCACGGGAGGUUUCGACAGCGCAUGGAACAAUAAGGACGAUUUAGAUCAUCUUCAAAUCCGAAACGCAUACGCAACGAUAUUCAAAGUGACGACUGUGAAUCUUUGUAAAGAAUCCCUCUCAGAUCUUGGAGAACGAUGUGGUGCACAAGGCACUUUUGCUUAUAACCAACUCAUUCCGGGAGAGAUGGCGGUCAGAGGUGCCAUCAUCGCAGAAGGAGAUUCACUUGUUCUAAGUAUACGCCUCGCAUUCGAACUGCUACUAGGUCGUUACACACUCUCAUCCCCUCACGAUCCCAACCACCACCUAGCCUCACACGAAUCCGCCCUCUUCUCCGAACUCCAAACACAACUUAUCUCCAUCUCCAAUACCAACGACUCAUCAGACCACCGCAGCCAAAGAGCCAACGCGACCAUCCUCCCACGAGCAAAUUCACUUAUUGAAGCUAUUGGUGUUCGAAUGGCUUACGAAGCUGCUCUCUCAGAUCCAGAAAUAGACAAGACAAUUCUGAGGCUCUUCACCAUCAGCUGCAUUCAACGGGAUAUAGGAUGGUAUAUCGAAAACGGCAGAUUCUCUCGAGCAAAAUUAUUCGAAGACGAGAUGUACGCGAUCGAGGAACUGCUUCCCAAACUCGACGACAUGUUGAAGAAAACGGGAGUAGAGCCAUAUGUUUAUGCGAAAAUCUGUAAGGAGGAUUCGUGGCGCGAGUUUGUUGAGGGUCUUCCGGAAAUAGGUAGGGGUGGUCCGGGCACUUUGCAAGCGAGACUAUAA